AAUACAUAUGUGAUUUUCAUGAAAAACAGCAUUCAGGAGAUAAACCUGCUAGUUAUUUGUACUAAUAGCCAGGUUACACAGCGAAAGUUUUUGUCAACAAAAAAAACUGUCGACUUGAAUAAUAAAAAUCAAAUUCGCCCUCUUCGACAGAUCAAUUCGGUAAAAUGUUUUCCUAUCACAAAAAGAAAACUGCGAAUUUUAUGGAAGCGAAAGACAGUUGCAAAAGUUUAGGAAUGACGUUAGCCCGCGUCAAGGACGCGGAUACUUGGAAUAAAUUGACUGAAUACAAAGAUGCAGAAGCUGAGUACGGUUACUGGUGGCUUGGUGCAGAAAAAGAAGAGGCAUCAAACGAAUAUUUUUGGUCCGAUGGUUCAGCAUACCGGCAGUUUGAUCCUGAUUUAAAAAUAUCGCAGAACGGACUGGGUAAAAGAUGUUUAGCACUCUAUACUCAUACACCACUAAAUAAAGUAAAACUUUUCUCCCUACCAUGCGAUCGUCAUCUGUACUACAUAUGUGAACGUCAAACGGAGAGCUUCACAGCAAUUUUCUCUAAACUAAACCAAUCUACAGCCACAAGUGGAGGUUACACUGCCACAAGCGGAGAUACUCGGAUGUCUCAUUAUGAAAACUCGUAUACGUCUGAAACUGUUGCCACUUCUGUCCAAGAAGACACAGUCGGAAAUGAAAUCCUCAGCCGAGCUUAUUACGGCGAUGCAGAUAUGGACCUAGGACACAUUAUUUGGAUGUUUGUCAGCCUAAUUCUCGGAUUGCUACUUGUGAUAUCUAUAGUUUACAUUGCCAAGCUAUGUGCAGACUUGAAAAGAAUGAAAAAAAGAUAUUCAAGACAGCAAGCCGCUCAUGGUAGCCCAAAAAGAGACUAUGACCAAGAGGAAAUGAAUAUGUCAUCCAUUAAGAAUAAUGACGCGUAAUUCUACAUUUGUAGUCCUUUUUAUGUUUCUCGCAUACCUAACAAUGCUUAACUCGCCUAUUAUUGUUUUAAGUUAGUAACCAUGGUAUAAUGGAUCUUUCUACCAAAAAAAACAAUUGUUGAUAUUUCUUUAUACUAAAUGCUCUUUAGUCAGCUGUUCACCGAGCAACUGCAAGAUGGCAAUGAAAGCAAAUGCAUUUCAGAUGUAUAUUGGACACGAAAUGUACAUAGGCCUACAUGUGAAUCGUUUUGUUAGUUAUAU